UAUAUCGACGGCAAAAAGCAAACCUGCUGUAACCCACAUCAGUCACGAUUUCUUUUUAUUUCAUAUUUGGAAUCAGAAAAAAAAACUCAGUCGAAUGGUUCUAUUCCCGUGGCUCAACGACGAUUAGAAAUUUUUGUACAGCAAUAGAAAUAAUCCUAUUUUUUCAAAAAGACAACUGGUUACUUGAAGUAAAUAACAUGAAAAACAGCAUUUUCCUAGCAUUUGUUAUUUACACCAACUUUGCUUUUCCUAAUAAAGUAAUCAUUGUAGUUACAGCACCGUUGUACGCUGGUUAGUGUGGCUUACAGCAAAAUUGCAUAUUAUUUUUUAGCAAGGUACCACGUUUACGACAUUUAGUAUAUAAUAAACAAUUGAUCCUUGUAGUGUACUACAAGAAUAACAACUAUGAUAUUGUAGACAAUCGCUAAUUACGGCAACAUAAACACAUAAAAGUUUUUAGAUUCCUGUUAUCUAUGCCAUUUUUAAUACAAUAUUACUGUGUUGAUUAUGUGCGUUUACCGCCAUUAAAUACGCGCGCUCGCGCUCACUUGGUCGCGGCUUACCGCGUCGCUCAGUCGCUUCGCGGCACCCAGGAAGGUAUGACGUAUUUGCUGUUACUGUGUGUCUUCGCGGAAUUGGAGUGACUUUAAAAGGUAAGUAUUGUUCUUGUUAUUAUAUAAUUUAAAAAUGUUAUGUUAGUUUCCUACCUACUGCAAAGUAAGUUCGUAUAACUAUAAACAUUAAUUGAUUUCAGAUGUCUAAACGCCGUCUUGAUUGGAAAGAAUCGCUAAAACCGGAUGUUACUGUUGGCAAAAAAAGAGGAAAAAUAAACAUUUUAAAAGAUGAAACCUAUAAAAAUGAAAAUGGUAAAUUGACUCUUGUGUCUAGUAUUAAGACUAAAAAGACAUCCACGCAAACAAAUACGAUUAAUAAAAAUAAUACCAUACAAGAAUGCACAAGUACACUCAGGUCAGAAAUUUGUACUCCUGAAAUGUCUCAUGUUGAAGAAAAAUUUCAAUUUAUGAACAAUGAUGUGGUCCCCACUAACAAUGAUACUGAUACACAAAAACAGGACAAUGAGAAUAUUGAAAUGACUCCCCGACAGUUAUCACGUAGAUUAGAUGUAGAAAAUUUAACUCCAACAUUCAGAAAACCCGACUGUUUUUUAGCAGAAACUAAAGAAGUGAUGAAAAUUAUUACACCAGUAAAAUUAUUCCCUACACCAUCCAAGACGCAUAUAAAAGAAGCCUUUAAAAUUAUUCCUCCGUACGAUUCUGAAGAAAAUGAGGAAAUUAAACAUAAUUUUAGUAAUUUAAAUAACAUUACAUUAGCGUUGAAUGAACAGAAUCAUGAAGAUAAUAAUGGUGAAGGGAAAUUUUCUCUAGACUUAGACUCUAGACAAAUACACAACGAGCCUAGAUCAGAAAAUGAGGCUAGUAUACAAGAAGUUGCGCUUACGAUUACUUCAUAAAUGAAGGAGAAGGAAGGAGAAGAGUUUGUCAAAAAUAUCUUCUAAGUACUUUGGACAUAACUCAGCGAUUCAUUCUGUACACAUUGGAAAACACAGAUGGUGGGUAUGCGAAAACCGAUGGACGUGUAUCAAAUGGUGGAUCUAAUAGAACUAACGAAAUAGUUACAGAACAUGCAAACAACUUUAUAGAAUCUUUGCCGAAAAUGCCAUCGCACUAUUGCAGGAAAGACUCAAAACGAUUGUAUUUUCCCGAAGAAUUUAGGAACGUAUCUAACCUGUAUCGUAUAUACAAAGAUAACUGCAGGCAAAGUGAAAUAAAAGCAAUGUCUUUUCAAGUAUUUAGGACCUGGUUUAAAAAAUCUUACAAUAUCGGUUUCCACGUGCCGAAAAAAGAUAAAUGUGCCAUUUGUGUGAAUACCAAAAAUAAUGAAGAGAAAUCCGGAGAAGAAACAGAAAAAAUACAACAGCAUGCUAAUGAAAAGGAUGAAUCAUAUAAAAGAUUUAAAUGUCAUCAAAAUAUACAUAAAAAGGAUAAAAGUAUAAUUUGUGCAAGUUUUGACAUGCAAAAAGUUUUAAAUACUCCACAUGGAGAUUCAAUGAUGCUCUAUUUCAGUCGAAAAUUAUCGGUUUAUAAUUUUACGAUUUACGAAAGCUCUACUAGAAGAGGAUACUGCAAUGUGUGGACAGAGAUAGAUGCAAACCGUGGAGCUAACGAAAUUUGUACUUGCUUAUAUAAUUACAUUAAAAAAAUUGACUCAUGUGGUUUAACAAGAACUUUGUUAUUAUAUUGCGAUUCUUGUUAUGGCCAGAACAAAAAUAAAUUUGUCCUUAGCAUGAUACGUUACGCACUGUCUCAAUGCAAGAACAUAAAGACAAUUCAAAUUAAUUAUUUGAUUCCUGGCCAUACCUAUAUGCCGGUGGAUAGUGUUCACGCUACCAUUGAGA